AUGAGUGUACCGAAGCAGAUCAGACGCGUUCCAAAUAUCACCUACGACGAGUUUCGAGGGCAGCACCUAUUGCCUAACCAGCCUCUACUCAUCGGGCCGGCCUUGAUCCAAGACUGGAACUGCUUGAAAGAUUGGAGGUCACCUCAGACCUCAUCGGACUCGAAUGCCUCACACGAACAGAGUAGCGAAUACUCUCUGCCCAACCUCUCCUUCAUGAAGAACACCUAUGGAAAAUUCAUCGUACCCGUUGACCAAGACGGAUACCGUUCUGAAAAGACACUAGGAGAGGUGAUUGAUGCUUGGGAGAACGACAGAAAAAGUGCACAGGAAGAAAAGAUGUACGUCAAGGAUUGGCAUCUGGCUCUACAACUCGAACGUCAGCAGCAGAGACCUCAAAGUAAUGGAGAAGGAGAGCAAGAAGAACAAACGACAGUGUACAUGCCAUUCUAUGUCACCCCGGAUAUAUUCGUAGACGACUGGAUGAACAG